UGUAACAACAUAGGUGAUGCCAUGGAGAGUGGAAAGCCUGGCCCAGUGCAAGUUGUUUUGGUUCAGAAAGACCAGCAUUCCUUUGAGUUAGAAGAGAAAGCCUUGGCCAGCAUCCUCCUGCAGGACCACAUUCGAGACCUUGAUGUGGUGGUGGUGUCAGUGGCUGGAGCCUUCCGAAAGGGCAAGUCUUUCCUUCUGGACUUUUUGCUCCGGUACUUGUAUUUCCAGAAAGAAGGUGGCCAUUCAAAUUGGUUAGGUGAUUCAGAAGAACCGUUAACAGGAUUUUCAUGGAGAGGGGGUUCUGACCCAGACACUAAUGGGAUUCAGAUCUGGAAUGAAGUUUUCACUGUGGAAAAGCCAGAUGGGAAGAAGGUUGCAGUUGUUUUGAUGGAUACCCAGGGGGCGUUUGACAGCCAGUCCACUGUGAAAGAUUGUGCUACCAUCUUUGCUCUAAGCACCAUGACUAGUUCUGUUCAGAUUUAUAACUUGUCUCAGAACAUUCAGGAAGAUGAUCUUCAACAGCUACAGCUCUUCACAGAAUAUGGUCGUCUGGCAAUGGAUGAAAUUUUCCAAAAACCCUUCCAGACACUGAUGUUUUUGGUUAGAGACUGGAGUUUCCCUUAUGAAUACAGCUAUGGACUACAGGGAGGAAUGUCAUUUUUGGAUAAGCGUCUACAGGUGAAAGAACAUCAGCAUGAAGAAAUCCAGAAUGUCCGAAAUCACAUUCACUCAUGUUUCUCGAGCGUCUCCUGUUUUCUUCUGCCACAUCCAGGACUCCAGGUGGCCACAAGCCCUGAGUUUGAUGGGAAAUUGAAAGAUAUUGCCAGUGAAUUCAAAGAGCAGUUACAGAUACUGAUUCCGUAUAUAUUAAACCCAGCAAACUUAAUGGAAAAGGAGAUCAAUGGCUCAAAAGUCACCUGUCGGGGGCUGUUGGAGUAUUUUAAGGCAUAUAUUAAAAUUUACCAAGGAGAAGAUCUGCCUCACCCCAAAUCCAUGCUUCAGGCCACUGCUGAAGCCAACAAUUUAGCAGCUGCAGCCUCUGCCAAGGACAUUUAUUACAACAACAUGGAAGAGGUGUGUGGGGGAGAGAAACCUUAUUUGUCUCCAGACAUUCUAGAGGAGAAGCACUGUGAAUUCAGACAGCUUGCUCUGGACCAUUUUAAGAAGACCAAGAAGAUGGGCGGGAAGGAUUUCAGCCUUCGCUACCAGCAGGAGCUGGAGGAGGAAAUCAAGGAACUCUAUGAGAACUUCUGCAAGCACAACGGCAGCAAGAACAUCUUCAGCACCUUCCGAACCCCCGCGGUGCUCUUCACCGGCAUCGUGGCUUUGUACAUCGCCUCGGGCCUCACUGGCUUCAUUGGUCUGGAGGUUGUGGCCCAGCUGUUCAACUGUAUAGUUGGGCUGCUGUUAAUAGCGCUUCUCACUUGGGGGUACAUCAGGUACUCUGGUCAGUAUCGUGAGCUGGGCGGAGCUAUCGAUUCUGGAGCAGCAUAUGUACUAGAGCAGGCUUCUUCUCACAUUGGUAAUUCCACUCAGGCUGCUGUGAGAGAUGCAAUUGUUGGGAGACAACCUAUGGAUAAAAAGGCUCAAUAGCAUCUUAACAAGAGGAUCCAACAAGAACCCAACCAACCCCUUCUGAUUUCUGCAUUCCUGCUGCAGCCCCAGGGCCAGUCCAGGGGGCGCCAGGGCAUGCAGUCUUGUUCAUUUUCUAAGUUUGAUUUUGGCCGUGAUCCCUCUCGUUUGGAAUCUCUUUUUCUCCUGGGAAGCUAACUUCUUUCCUGUUCCCUCUCACUCCUCCUCUCCCUUCCUGCACCUUCAGGACCAUUUGUUUUUUUUUGUGUGAAAACAUUGGAAAAGUUCUUAGGUGCAUGUUGAUGCAAAAGAGUAUAUUCC